GGAGAAGGUAGGAAAAUAAAGCCAUAAUAAAAUAAUAAAGAGCGGAAUCUGAGCGCGGAGAGGAGCUUCAGCACAAACACAGCGCCCCAGCGCCCACAGCCGCUCAGCCGCUCAGCUGAGGAUCAGCGCUCAUCACAGCUCUGAGUCUAUCCUGUGACUGAGGAAGCUCUAAACUGAAGAUGACUCAGAUGGACCUGCUGGUCACCAACGUGGCUGACCUCUUGGCCACUGCAGUACACGAAGUUCUGCGUCUGAUGGGUCAGGCCGUGUCCGAGUACCGAGAAGAGUCGGCCAGAAUGCGGCAGGAGAACCAGAAACUACAGCGUAAAAUGGAGGAGCUGCGAAAGAGGCUGGACGUAUCAGACGCAGUGCAGCAGGUCUCAUCCUCUGGAUCUGCUGAAGAGUCUUCCUUCGAGAUGCACCAUCAGCAGAUGUUGGGCUGUGGAAUGGAACAGGAGCCGAUGGUCUCAGAGGAGGAGCAUAAACAUCCUGAGCCCCAGAACCAGUCAUUCAAAGAGGAGAAAACAAGCGAAAUCCAGCUGGAACCAGAAGAACAGGCUGUAAACAAUGCAUGGCUUCCUAAACCCACAUCUCCAAUAUGCAACUCUUCUCCAAAGAGUAGGAGGCCUUUCUCAAGGCCGAGGAAAACCACCCCAGCUUCACCAAACAUCCCCGCAGCACCGGAAAACGGUGAGUUUGAAACGCCACGGUAUACGAUUUCAAAUAACGUUAAAAUGGAGUUAAACCCAGAGCCUCCAGAAUGUGUCCUAGCAGGCCAUUCAGAUGGAUUCAUGGCAAGUGAUGCUGUUUUUAACCGUACGACUCUAGAAGAUGGACAAAACCAGCAGCCCUACAGCCCAGACCACUCUGAGCCCAGCUAUAUCGUACAAGACCAGUACGCCUUACCGCAUACAAACAUCCUCAGCUCCAGAGUGGACAACAUGCUGGAUAUUCCCAACCCUUCCCGCCUAAACAUGAGGAGAGAAAGCUUGCACGCCUGCCACAUUUGCGGCAAAACGUUUGCGACGUCCUCCAGCCUUGGCGCGCACUUUGUAUGCCAUUCUAACGAAAGACCCUUCGCAUGCAAGUGCUGUAACUUCAGGUUCAGCCGUCUGGCAGAUCUGAAGAAGCACGAACGGAUCCACACCGGAGAAAGACCGUACAACUGCAGCCUGUGCGGAAGGAGGUUUAACCGCACGGAGAACCUGCGACGCCACCUGAGGAAAGUCCACCAUGGAGCAAUGCUCUAGAGAGUGGACUGACCUGUCCAGGCUCUGCCCACAAAUGCAUUCUACUGUAGAUACUGUUGCACUAAGAUUUGGAAAACAUUAGCAAAUAUCCCACUUAACACAGUUUAUAUCACAAUACCUACAUUUAGAGUCAGUUAUUCAUUCAGCCUAAUGAGAAACUGUAGAACGGACUCAGUUUUACGAGAUAUAUAUAUAUAUAUAUAUAUAUAUAUAUAUCUAUCAUGAUAUUCCGUGAUAUGUUUGGUAAGUUGGAAUUGAGAAAAAGCCACAUUUAAAAAUACUAUAAAACUAUGAAUACAACGACUUUACGUCCAUAUUUGACCCCCCUCGCUGUGCUAAGUGUACUUAAACAGCACUCAUUCUGCUCUCUUUGUCAGGAAACAUGCAGUCGGUCAGUGUUCUUUAGUAAUGAUAUCCACAAUAUGCACAGAAAUGUAUAAAUUCUAUAUGAUCACAAUAACAAUAUAGUCAUAUUGCCCUCAAUUAUUCUAAAUGGACAUAUUCUGAUAUAAACUGUGUGCUGCUGUUUCUCUUUAGGUUGAAUGAGAUUUCUUUUUUUGAAAUCAGCGGUUUGUAAACCUCGUUCAACCUAGCAACAGUUGCUAUGAAAGAACGCAUCUGUGGGCGGAGCCUGGACAGGAAGACCAGACUACAGUCGGGAACGCCUACAGAAAAGGGCUGUUUGUAACUGUGUGCAGUGACUGUGUGAAGAGAACUUUAAUUUAUGUUGGUGUGAUAAUAUACACACACAUUCAUAAGACGUUUUCUUAUGUUUAAUAAAAACAAAUCAGAACAUCUUUCACACAGCUGGAAUACAUGAACUGAUAAAAAUGAUAAUAAUGUCCAAUGAAACACGAAUUUCAGAUUAAAAAAAAAAGCUCUUUU